UGCUGUGGGAGAAAACAUAGGCAGCUAGAGGGACCUGACCUGCAUGGGUUACUCAGUUUGCUGCACUCUAUUGACCGCCGUCCAACUGUUUCACUUCAGCACGACUUACGCUCCGUUGUUGGCAUCAGUCUCCCAGUAGGAAAGGUCGAGUGUGGAUGGAAAAUCAAUAAAGCACUGCAAGAAGAUCUUCCAGCAGAGAGUGGAGGCAGCACACCCAGAGCUGAACAGCAGUUGUCCAGGAGACAUUCCUAUCUACUUACUGAGACCAAAGACCCAAUUGAUUUGAUAUGAAAUUGGUGAUGAUGGAUGUCGAGUCUGCAUACUCUGAAUUCAUAUCCUGCGACCGAACCGGCAGAAGGAACGCCGUCCCCGACCUCAAAGAGGAAGAUGGCGCAAGCCAAGUAGGGGAGUUGUCGGAGAACAUGGGGGAGCUGGCCAUUCAGGGGUCAGAGAACAAAGAAGGGGCAACCUCUUCAGACAGUGGGCAAGUACAGACUCCAGAAGCACAAGGGGGAAGCUCACCAUCGUGAGCUCAAUAUGUCUCGCCAACCUCUACAUGAACUAUAUUUUUACAGGAAGAAACCAUUGUAUGCAAAAGGCAACCUGCCUGCUCAAAACUUUAGGACUAUGGAUAUGGAAAAUUCCAUGCAUACAGUGGCCUAUGGAGUAAAUAUGUUGCUGAACUCUGGUGAGUAAGUAAGAUGCAUUUCUUGAAGAUCCACGUGAUCCAAACUUGCCUUAGCAUUAUUUUUCCUUUUCUAAAAAAAAAAAAAAAAAAAAUAUGCAAUUAUACUGAUAUUUUUUUUUGAAGGUACUUUUUUGCCCCCUUUAGCCUGUAGAUCUUAUUUAUUCAGAAUUUUUGGCAAGCUGUAUGACAUCAUGGUGAUGAAAUGAUUUGUUCCUUGGAGACUUUUACUAUAAAGAUAUGUGAUGGAACUGAUGUCGGAUCAUCAAGAACUUCACAGGGGAAUAAAUUUCUAUGGCUAUGAAACCAUGGAGAAGUUAUCGGAUGGAGCUAACAUUGGAUUAUUAAGAACUUGGCAGGGGUGGCCACUACACUCACCGUUAAAGCAACAAUAUAUUUUUCCAUUGCUAUGAAACCAUGGAGAAGAUACAGGAUGGAGCUACCACUGAAUUAUCAGCAACUUGGCAGGGGAGGCUACUACACCCACAAUAAUGCAACAAUAAAUUUCCAUGGCUAUAAAACCAUAAAGUAGAGGCAUGGAGCUAACCUUGGAUUAAUAGGAACUUGGCAGUGGAGGCCACUACACCAUGAAAGGCCCUGGCUAUGAAACAGAGAAGAUACGGUAUGGAGCUAACAUUGGAUUAACAAUAACUUGUAUCUAUGGUGUAACUUGCAGGGAAAGAUCCUAAACUUGGGUCUUUAAGACAGAAUUCAUCGUUGGAACCACAACAGCACACGUCACAGCUGCGUUUAAGCACUGCCUUAUUGGAUCUGAGUGGACCAAACACUACCAAGUACCCAUGUACCGUGCAUCUGUCAACCACAAACUGCCAACCGCAAAAACGUUGUUUUGUUUUUUAAUUCAAAGUUUUACGUACUAUUUUUUAUGUAGAACCAAACAUAUAUUCUACAUAUAUAGAUAUUUAAUUACUUUCAAACGAAUGAAUGAAUGGUGUUUUUUUUGUUUUUUUUACUUUUUUCUUCAUGGAUAAGGAAGUAGUGGUUUUCUUUGUGUGAACAAAUCAUUGAGUACAUUGAAUAAAGCACCAUUGAGAUAAAAAA